UUUAAUUUGCCUCGUGGCUGUGAAAUUGAAUGUUUUUGCCGUUUUAUUGCGCUGGAGGCGUUAAAAGGAAUUUUUUGGGAAUAACAAUAUUUGCACACAAAACGACUAAUCGAAAACACAUGGCAGUUUCCCACUCAUUACUCGCAAGAGACACAGCGAAAAUGUUGCACAAUUUCAGAAAAACAUUUUUUUCGAUGUUCUUCUAAAAAGUCACUAUUUACGUAAUGGUCUAUUUACAUGUAUUCAACCAUGUUUUCAAAUAAUUCCAAAGUUGGUUGCGGGACGUUCCAUCCCUUUUACCAUUUUAUUGAAAUGGCUUGAUAAAAACAGUAAUUAAAAAAUAUAUACAGGCAUAUUUCGAGUGUUUGCCUACUGCUUUUUUUUUAAAUGUCGGUUUUAAGUUUAUUAAAUUUUACAAAAAAACUGGAGCAAAGCGAUACUGUUAAUCAGAAAAAAAGCCCAAAUGGUUAGUUGAUAGAAAUUUAUUUUUUAACGUCAUUCCAUAAAAUAAACAAAAAAAACAACUUACGGCUAGAAUUUUUUUGAAGCACACUGUACAUUCAUUUCAAAAUGUUCUAUUAAAUGUUUUGCGGACUAAAACUUUAUUUUCAGAAAAAACAUGUCGACGGUUUUUAUCUGUUUUCAGAACAGAAGGAUUAUCAGAAUGGGAUUCUAUAAAGUGUUGGUAACUUACAGAUUACUGACUAGUUACGUUUUUUUAUGAUGUACAUUGUUCAGCAGCUUCUUGUGUUCAAUUUGUUUUUGUUUUUAUGUUGAAUGUAGUUUUCGCCAUAAACUACACGGUUUUAAUGCAAAAUUUAUGUUUAAAAAAUGUGCAUCGCCGUUUUUAAAAUAACUGUAUCAAUUGGAGCACAUGUCACUUUUAGAUAAUUAUUGAGCACAGUUGUGUUAUCAGUUCAUUAGUGGUACAUGGUGAAUUAUUCACAUAAAAAGGAGAAACAUCAUUGUAACUUCAAGCUGAAAUCGUGGUAAUUUCUUCUGCUGAAAACUAUGUCCAAUCUUAUAAUUGACAACUAUCCGCUAACAAAAGAAUGGCUUGCUGAUCUGGUGAAAAAGAAAAUUGGUGUUAAGCCAAAAGUUGGAUCGUGCGGAAUUUUGGACAAUGCAGAUUUGGGAUUCAUGUCAAUGAUUCGUAAAGUACAGCUGCAUUUUGAUGCUGAACAAGAGCUAAAACACCCAAACCUGCCGAAAAAUGUAGUGAUAAAGAUUGCGAGUUGUGCAAAGCUGGGUGAAGGUGUUGGUAGUGUGGGUGUAGAUGUUAACAAAGGCAACGCGGCUGCAAUCAUGGAACUGUUCAUGCACAACACAGAAUGCAAUUACUAUAAUGUUUUCAGAAAAUACACUGAUCUACCAAUGAAAGUUCCCGUAAUCUACUGUGCAGCAAAAGCCGGUGACGCAGAAGCUCCUGUACCAGUUAUUGUAAUGGAAAUGUUUGAGGACUGUACUGUUCAUGAUCUUAUAGACGGUUUUGAUAAAGAUCAGCUUUUUAAAAUUGUUGAUGAAAUUGUUAACCUACACAUUUUCUCCUUGACAACUGAAGAAUGGAGGAGCGUUCUUCCUGAUUCUGCGAUGCGUGAUACCGUUGAUCUUUUCGAGGCGAUGGUCAAAACCAUUGCAGAGAACAUGGCAAAAUCGCCUGGCUUAGAAAUCAUUUCAAAAUACAUUGAGAAAACUUUUGACAAGGAUCCAAGUUUUAUGACAAAAUUCAGUGAUGAAUAUUUGGAAGGAAAAAGAAAAUCCGUCCUGACUCACGGAGAUCUAUGGUCUCCCCAAAUUUUGUGGGAUAAGGAUGACAAUAUUGCGGGAAUUAUUGACUGGCAAGUUGGUCAUCAGGGAAGUCCCAUGGAAGAUCUCCAUAGAAUUUUGUCGACUGGUACCAGUGUAGAAAAUAGGAACAAGUUGACUAAACCACUGUUGGAUCAUUAUUUUGAAAAAUUGAGCGCUGGGUUGGAAGAGAAGGGUGUGAAAAUGCCAUGGACCAGGGAAGAAGUUGAUGAAGAGUACAACCACUGUUUCAGUUAUGGUGCAUCGAUAACUAUAUUUUCAAAUGGAAUCUGGUCUAGCUCUCCAAUUCUUCAGACCGAUGGAAAACCUGACCCAGCACGUAUUAGUGAAUCAUUUGCGAGAUGCCAAUCUUAUGUUGAGGAAGCUGUUCAAGUACUUGGUGUGGAAUAAUACAUGUACAUUGAUAAUUACUGAAGUAUUCACCUUAUUUGGAAAUUAUAUAUAUGAAAAACUUUUUACCUUUUU